CACUUCUAUAUAGUUUUUUUUUGACAUUUCUUUUAUUUAAGAGCCGUCACCAAAACAAAUCAAGUCACACGUGUUUGAAGCUACGUAUUUUUGCGGAAAAACAUCAUAAAGACGCUAUUUAAUAGAAAAUAAAUUUCCGAAAUGGGUAAGAAACACGACGACAUAGACUUACCCGGCUUUCCAUCGCUGGAUAAUGUUGGGGGUGGUGAGAAUACGGAGAAGGGUAAAAGCAAGUCUAAGAAAAGCGGAGGCUUCCAAUCGAUGGGACUUUCCUUCGGCGUGAUAAAGGGUAUAACGAAGCGUGGCUACAAAAUACCGACACCAAUACAGCGGAAGACCAUACCGUUGAUACUUGAAGGCCGUGAUGUUGUUGCGAUGGCUAAAACUGGCUCGGGCAAAACUGCUUGCUUUCUUAUACCCAUGUUCGAAAAACUUAAGAGCAGGGAACCCACUAAAGGCGCUCGUGCACUUAUACUCUCGCCCACACGUGAAUUGGCUGUGCAGACUUACAAAUUUAUCAAAGAACUGGGACGUUUUAUGGAUUUGAAAACAAUUUUAGUGCUUGGUGGCGAUUCUAUGGAUUCGCAGUUUUCAGCUAUACACACUUGCCCCGACAUUAUAGUUGCUACGCCAGGUCGUUUUUUGCAUUUGUGUGUUGAAAUGGAUUUGAAAUUGAAUUCAGUUGAAUAUGUGGUGUUCGAUGAAGCAGAUCGUCUGUUUGAAAUGGGGUUUGGCGAACAACUGAAUGAAACAUUGCACCGUUUGCCAGCGUCCAGACAAACCGUACUCUUUUCGGCAACUUUACCUAAACUCUUAGUUAAUUUUGCUCGCGCAGGCUUAAACGAUCCAGUUUUGUUGCGUUUAGAUGUUGAGUCAAAAUUGCCGGAAGGCUUAAUGCUUAAAUUCUUAUACUGUCGGCCGGACGAACGUUAUACCGCUUUAGUUGUGUUACUCAAAUAUGUAAUACCGCAAGAUGCACAAACUGUAGUCUUCGCUGGCACACAACAUCACGUUGAAUUGAUAUGCUAUAUCCUCACCAAAUGUGGUAUUUCCAACACGGCAGUGUAUUCUAGUUUAGAUCCCACAGCACGUAAAAUUAACACAGCCAAAUUUGUUAAUAAGAAAGUGUCUGUUCUAACUGUAACCGAUGUGGCGGCGCGUGGUAUCGAUAUACCGAGCUUGGAUUAUGUGGUAAAUUUACAUUUCCCUGGAAAACCGAAAUUGUUCGUACAUCGUGUCGGUCGUUGUGCUCGUGCCGGGCGCACCGGCACUGCCUUUUCAAUAUUUUCCACUGAUGAUGCUGCGCAUGUGCUCGAUUUGCAUUUAUUCUUAAAUCGUCCAUUCAAUAUAAAUGACGACAAAGUGGUGGGCAUUGCGCCGCAGGAGUUAAUGGAGGAGGAGCAUCUGUCUGUGACAGAAGUUAAGAACAGUCAUGAUAUUGCUGGUGUACUACGUACAAGUGAAAACGCAUAUAAAAAAUAUUUGUCGUCGCGUCCUGUGGCCUCAGCAGAAUCUAAUGCGCGCAUUAAGAAAAUCAAAUUUUUCAGCUGCAAAAACUUAGACGAUUUUCUAGCAGCGAAUAUAUCGCUGCGACAAUCGCAAAGCGCAAAUAGCGAAAAUGACAGCAGGUCAAAGGAAGAUUUGGUGGCUGAAGAUCGUAAAAUACAGAAGGAGAAGCAUGAUUUGUUAUUAAAAAUGCGGAAUUUUAAGCCCUCUACUACCAUUUUUGAAUUGAAUCGCAGCCAAAAGUCCCUACCAUUUACUAUAAUGAAAAACAAACGCUCCAUGCAUACGAAUGUCAUUGAAAAAUACAGAAAUAGGAUGGAUGAAAUCGAAAAGGAGGAAGCUAAUAAGCAGCUGGAAGCAGAUGAAAAGGAAGAGGUUGAUGAAGCAGAUGCAGAUGAAAUUACUGAGGCCUUUCAUAAAAUUGUUGCACCAAAGAAACGCAAAAACCUCGAGGAUCUUUAUAAAGACAAGAAGAAGAAAAAGAAGAAGACACAUGCCAAGGAUAAUGAAAAUUAUAUACCUUACCAGUCGGCGGAUAAACACACCGAGGACGGUCUGGCGAUCAACUCUUUUGAGCGUCAAGCUAUGAAUGCUGAAUUUUCCGUAGUCGAUCGUGAUAAUAGCUCAGAUUUCCGCCCCAAGUCGGGCAUGAAGAAGUGGGAUCGUAUCAAGAAGAAAAUGGUUUCUGUGCAAGAUCCACGCGCAAACAAAAUACGCACCGAAUCGGGGGCCUGGAUUCCGGCCUCUUUCAAGACCGGCCGUUACACGAAUUGGAAAGAAAAGUCCAAAAUCGAAGAGCAAUUGCAGCGUGAAAAUGGCAGUGACGAUGAUGGUGUCAAACCAUUGUCUCGUGAAAAACGUUAUCCGGUUGGACAGCAUGCGCGCCAUAAUGCCAAGGUGGCUGCCAAGAAAUAUGCAGGCGGUGACAAUGAAUUGCGGCAUCCGGAGCAGAUCGUAAAGGCGCGCAUGCGUUUGGAAUUCAUCAAGAAACGUAAUACUGAGAAUGCGUUGCGUAAAACAGAAAAUAGAAAACGUAGUAUGCGUAAGAAUCAACGUGGUAAAGUAAAGAAAGGUGGCAAAAAGUAGGUGGUUAUUAUUCAAGCGUUAAGUUAGAAAAUUAUUGUGCUUCGUAUAUUAAUAAAAAUGAAAUAAUAAAA